GCCACGUAAAAAGAAUCAUAAAAAAUAAGAAAAAGUAAUAAAUGGAUACAAUAUUUUCUCACGAAUAUUAUGAUAUAUAUUUUCAUCCAUUUACGGUAGUUGUUGUUAGUAUAAUUAUUAGUCCUUAUUGUCAGGCUAGAAAUAAAAUUGGCAUAAGCAGCACAGCCUCGCUUUUGCCAACGCCAGCGCUGUUUUAGUUUUUAGAGCAGCCAAAUUCGGAGAAUAUUUAUUAGUUUGCACAAAUGCCUAGCACUGGCUAAACAGGUCGGGGAACAUAGUCAACGGCUCGCGCAUAUCACGACACAUUGAAUUGUGGCUAGGCAAUUCAAAGGCUAACAAAUGAGAAGGAUCACAAAAUGCCUAAUAGUUCCCACGAUGGGCAUCAUGCUAAUGCUGGCUCUUUUGAACCUACAUAACGAUUCGAAGGAGGAAACCGGGGGUUCACUCAGCAUUCCGGAGAAGGUGUACAGGUGGUGAACGGGAGCUUUCAUAAUGGUCGGGACUUCAACAGUAGUACUACGACUUCGCGGUAAUAACAUCCAAUUACAUUCACAUACUCAUAUCCAAGACCAAGUGAAAAAAGAGACUAUCGAACGCCGGACUAAGGUGAUUACAUCGCUCAAGUUCAUUCAAAUCGACAAGCGCCAGAGAACCAUUAAAGGGGCACAUAUAAAAACCUGUAAAUGGUUUUUAGAAACUUCACAAUACAUAGACUGGCUUGAUACAAGCAAGUUUGACGACCAUAGUGGCUUCCUCUGGAUCAAAGGCAAGCCCGGUGCAGGAAAGUCAACCUUGAUGAAGUUCACGAUAUCGCAUGCGUACCAACCGCUAAGUGAUCAGGGGAAGAUAGUCAUCUCUUUCUUCUUUAAUGCAAGAGGAGAGGAGCUAGAGAAGUCUACGGAUGGCCUUUACCGAUCGCUUAUUAUACAGAUACUCGAAUUAAAACCAGAUCUUCAGCGUGUCUUAGACGCCAUUGACCCAUCACGCCCGUGGAACAUUGAGCUACUAAGGUCUCUAUUUGAAGAUUUAAUUCUCGCUAUGGAUGAAACAUCCAUAAUUUGCUUCAUUGACGCAUUGGAUGAAUGUGAGGAACGGCAGAUCCGGGAUAUGCUGUACUUCCUACACAAUAUUAGCCAGAAAAUAGCUUCGUCUGGGACACACUUGCAUAUCUGCUUCGCAAGUAGGCAUUACCCCCAUAUAACGGUCACAAAGGGACUUACUCUAGUAAUUGAGGGCCGGCAAGAGCAUAAUCAAGAUAUAACCCAAUACCUGAAAUUUGAGUUACGUAUCGGACAGGAUAUUCUUGCAAAUCAAAUCCGUACCGAGGUCCAGGAAAAGGCGUCUGGGGUUUUCAUGUGGGUAGUUCUCGUUGUGAGUAUCUUAAACAAAGAAUAUGACCGCGGGCGCAAACAUACUCUUAAAAGGCGACUAGAACAAAUCCCCAGCGACCUCCACAACCUAUUCCACGACAUAUUAACACGCGACAAUGACAACGAGGAUGGGCUUCGUGUCUGCAUCCAAUGGAUACUUUUCGCAGCACGUCCACUACGACUCGAGGAGCUAUAUUUUGCCAUCAUGUUAGGCAUUGAACCAGAGGACUUGGCCAUGUUCCACUCGGAAAAUAUUGUUUCCGUCGAAGAUAUGGAAAAUUAUAUCAUCGAUAAUUCGAAAGGGUUGGCUGAAGUUUCGGGGUCAUCAACAACCGUUCAGUUUAUUCACGAAUCCGUUCGCGAUUUCCUCCUCAAAGAAAAUGGGCUACAAAAGGUUUGGCCUGAGCUUGGGUCGAACCUUCAUGGGUAUGGCCAUGAAGAGUUAAAGCAGUGCUGCUUUGCUUACCUACGCGACAUAUUUUUGCUUGACUCAGAUGACCCUAUUCCAAUGUGGGACUUGACCACCAACCCUUUAAACUAUUUCAGUGGCUGGUUUAUCGCGACACGUAUCCCACGUAUGUGGAAUAGAAUGAAUCGUAUCAUUAACAUGGAAACUGGAAAACCAAUGCUGAGCCAUUUAUAUUAUGGCCGCUGUUACGAUACCGCUACAAAGUUUCCAUUUCUUGGUUACUCUAUCGAGAAUAUCCUGUAUCAUGCCGACGAGGCUAAUAAGUGCGGACUCUCACAAUCGGAAUUUAUAUCAGGAUUUCCAUUUAGGGCAUGGAUUGAAUACAACAACGUGAUCGAGGGCUCUAAACCUAUGGACGAAUGGCCCAACGUCCGCUGGUAUGCGUCGGAUGUGAGCCUUUUGUACAUAUUAGCGAGCCGUAAUUUGGCACGCCUCAUCCGAACUCAAGAUAUUCGGCAGUCCUGUUUCGAUAUUGAACAGAGCGAAUACGGUACCCCGAUAUUUGCUGCGCUUGCAACCCAAAGCUUUGAAGCAUUCUGGGAAUUGCUCGAGCAGCAUACAAAAACCGUACCAUCGAGUUUAUCAGUUAAGGAGGUGUAUACACAGAAAGAAGAGGAAAGUUUAUCUCCAGAAAGACUUAAUUCCGAUUUUGAAUUAAUCCAACUCGCACUAGAGUCGCAUAAUGGAUUUGCUCUUAGGCUCUUGGAAAAUUAUGGCCCCGAGAAAAAGAAAUUUAUACCUGGGGCCAAAGUGGGAUAUAAAUACUUCAUUCAAUCAUUACUCUGGAGGGGGCUCAAAGUUGAAGGCACUAAUCGAGAUAGAAGCCUACUACAAGAAGCCGUCGCCCAAGAAGAUAUGAAACUCGUCCAGCUAUUCAUUAAGAAGGGUGCUGAUAUUGAUGGCAACAAAGAGUACCGAAGCCCAUUGCAAGACGCGGUUCUAAAAGGACAUAAAGAGAUCAUCCAGCUCCUAUUCCAAAGUGGUGCUAAUGUAGAAGGUAAUGAAGGAUACACAAGUCCACUGCAAGACGCGGUUAUCAUGGGAAAUGCGAGACUUGUGCAAAUGCUACUUGAGAAAGGAGCUAACGUUGAAGGUCGAAAAUCCUUCUUAAGUCCACUCCUUUGUGCAGCUAUCCAAGGAUAUGAAGAUAUUGUACGGUUACUGCUACACAAGGGAGUCAAUAUCAACGUUGAGGGGUAUCCCAACAGCCCGUUAGCUUUAGCAAUAGAAAGGGGAUAUGAGACUAUGGCUCAGCUACUUUUAAGCCGUGGUGCUAGAGAUGAACCUUGGGCUUUCGUUGGCAAGAGGCUAUUGAUAAAGGCAGCAAGAAAGCGGCAGGUACGCGUCGUCGGCGCAUUGCUAGCUUCGGGCGUUGACAUUAGGGGUCAUGAUAUACCCUUCCGAAGGUUGGCGCUUUUGUGGGAGAACGAGCGGGACCGAGCCAUUAUCCAGUUACUGAUUGACUAUGGGGUGGGAUAUGAGCGGAACAGCCCUCAAUGAAUACCUAUCUAGGUAUCUAUUACAGAAUGAAGAGUUUUACUUAAUGUCAAUGUCGGAAGUUAUUAUCGUAGCUGUCGCGGAGUUUCUACACCUACCAACCAAGCCCAUUCAUAUUCUACUCCUGACGGAGGUACUAACAUAGGAUUAUCAAGAAGACCUAGAUAAAUUAGGCACCUAUGUAUAAC